UACCUUGUUUUCAUUUUUUUUCGGGUUUGUUGCAUUUAUGUUUGUUUUUAUAAUUGUUUAUAUGUUGAUUUAUGAUGCACCGCGCUUAUCAGCCCCUCACGCCUGCUAAUAAUAUUUAUCUGAGAAAAAGAUGGGACCAAAGUCAUUACGACGCCCACAGAAAGAAGGUUUUUGCAGCAAUGUCUGUGGUCGACAACAAGCCACCCUCGACCUACAUGCACCUUCAUAUAAAACUGAAGAAACUCCAGAUGGAAGAGGAAAGACUUACCACAGUGGAAAGGGAUAACCGAAUUCUACUUCAAAAAAUGGCAUACAUAAUGAAAUACGGGGGAAGUGUAGAUAAUCAAAAACACGAUUAUAAGAAAAAAAGUUUAAAUAAGACAAAACGACAGAGAGAACUAUUAAGAAUAACACAUGAAAAUUUGGCAAUUUUGAAACGAAUAACUUCAAAAGAACCGCAUUACAAUCACCUACGAUGGAAACAUGAAAAUCAGAUAAAUCAACAAUAUCUUAACAAUAUAUCCAAAUUCCCACACAAAUGGAGACAGGGACAAAGUCAUUACAAAUUAUACCAAAUGCAACAACUAGCUGCAAAUGAACGCAUCAGGCAACAAGUAGACACCAGUCAACAACAGAAUACUGCUGAAACAGCGUUAACCACGUUACUUAACCAAAAGAGAGGCAGCCUCGUUCCAAAAAGUCCCCCUUUGAUAAAGAUAUAAACAUCAUGAAGCACAAUUAUAGUAUUUCUACAUAUA